UAAAAAAGUGGGAGAGAGUAUAAUUACUUCUUAUAUUUAUGUUAUUUAUAUUUUAAUACCUCAAAGGCUCACACCAAACACCCCUUACAGUAUCUUCGAAACAAUCAUUCACAGCAAUAAAUUAAGUAGAACUCAAAUGGCGAAAAUUGCAGCGUUUGCCAAAAGUUCGAGAUGGUCACUUAAUGGCUUGGCUGCUCUUGUCACUGGUGGCACUUCUGGAAUUGGGCAUGCAGUUGUAGAGGAGCUAGCUGGACUUGGUGCAAAAGUGUACACAUGUUCCAAGACAGAAUCAGAGCUUACUGAGCCAAUGCAAGACUGGGCAGACAGGGGCAUACAAGUACAAGGCUCAGCAUGUGAUGUAACUUGUAGAGAUCAAAGAGUUCAGCUCAUGGAAAAAGUUUCCUCUGCAUUUGAUGGAAAACUCAACAUUCUUAUAAACAAUGUUGGGACAAAUAUUUGGAAGCGCACAAUCGAUUAUAAUGCCGAAGAUUAUGCCCAUAUCAUGUCUACCAAUUUAGAAUCAUCAUUCCAUAUGUGUCAACUUUCUCAUCCUCUUCUUAAAUCAUCUGGAGCUGGAAGUAUUGUUUUCACAGCCUCUGCUGCUGGUAUUGUCCACGUCUCCGGUGGUUCUAUUUACGGAGCAACAAAAGCGGGAAUGAUUCAGCUUACACGAAAUUUGGCUUGCGAAUGGGGGAGAGAUGGUAUUCGGGUUAAUGCUGUUGCACCAGGUUACAUAAACACACCACUCGUGAAACAU